AUGGACUUCACCAUCAUAACAUCUCUUAUAUCCGGUGGUCUUGGUGUUUUUGCCGGUUGGCUUAUUUUUGGAAGAUUCGGAAGGAGUGCCCGUGCAGUAUCGAAGUUAGCAAACUUUAAGCAUGUCUCUGGAAAAAUGAAGUUAGUAUUAGUGGUUCGGUCUGAUCUCAAAAUGGGUUGUGGUAAAGUUGCAGCACAGUGUUCGCAUGCCGCACUAGCGUGUUAUCAAGAGAUUAUCGAUCGAGAUCCUGGUAUAUUAAAAACUUGGGAAGACCAAGGUCAGCCUAAGAUUGUGCUCCGAAUAGAUAACUAUGAUGAUAUGCUUAAGUUGUCCGAUAAAGCUGAAGAAUUAGGUCUUGUAAACUCAAUAAUACAUGAUGCUGGACAUACACAGGUUGCAGCAGGCACUGCAACAGUUCUUGGCAUAGGACCAGGUUUGGCCUCGGAUAUUGACCGUGUUUCUGGUGGUUUGAAGCUACUUUCUUGA